AUGAAUUCAUUGUCAAAUUCAUUGAAUGCAACUCAAACAGUUAUAAGUUCCUCUAGUUCCUCAUUACCUUCAACUGUAUCUGCAUCUGAUACACCUAUCACUCAGUUCACACCUUUGACUACAGAUAUUAAUCUUAUUUUGUGCGGCCGUCAAAACUUGGUAUUAAGAGGACACCGUGAUUCAGGAAAAAUUGAAAGCAACGACUCAAAAGUUAUGAAUGAAGGUAAUUUCAGAGAAAUUUUACGAUACCGAGCUCAAGGAGAUAUUGAAAUGAAAACCUAUUUGGAAAGCUUGGGAAAGAUGAAAUAUACUAGUCAUAGAAGUCAAAAUAAUAUGAUUGAUGCUUGUAACAAAAUUUUAUUGGACAAAGUUGUUUCUAGAGUAAAUACAGCAAAAUGUUUUUCAAUUCUUGCUGAUGAAACUGCGGAUAUUUCAGGAGUGGAACAGGUAUCGCUAUGUGUUAGAUAUUUCAAUUCUAAUACAUUAAAACUUACUGAAGAAUUUUUACAAUUUGUACCAACUAAUAAUAUGACUGGUAAAGGAAUAGCAAAUUUAAUCCUAGAAAAUCUUUAA